ACUGCACCGCUGCUGUUCUUUUGCCUCCCUCUUGCUUUGCUGCUCCCGCCGCUGCUGCCUGCGAACCUCUUCCUUACCGUUUUGUGCCGCGCCAGACUCCCACCGCGCCCCCGCCCACCUUGUCCCCGCCCGCAGCUUAUCGCCGAGACACCCCGCCGAGCUUGAGUCAACCCCCCAUGAGCGCCCGCCUUCAUCCCACGCUGCACCCUACCGCGACCUCAUAAAACAACAUACGCCAGGGGCCAAGCGACAAGAUGCCCAGAGCCUGUGUCGCCGGAGGUCUCACCAUCACCAUCUCGCCCCAGGCCCGCUUAUCAUGCCUUGCCCUCGCCUCCAUCAGCCGAAGCUUUAGCACGUCAGCUGCCUCCCAUUCUUCCGGCCAAUACCACCGCUCAGAUUUUUCGAAUCAGGGUUUCACUGGCGUCUAUGAGCCCGGUCAGCCCACCGGAGGCCCUCUGGGCGGAGCCAGCAUUGUGGGGGCGCCACGAUUAACUCCCAAGGCUUUGAAGCACCAUCUGGAUCAAUACAUUAUCGGUCAGGAGCGAGCGAAGAAGGUCAUGAGCGUGGCCAUAUACAAUCACUAUCAGCGCAUCCAAGAAAUAGAAAGGCUGGAGGAUGAGGCCCAGGAGUUGGCUGCGCAACAGGCGCGACGGGAAAUGAUACAUAGGCAUCCUGUCGAAGGUACUCCCGGAGGGCUCAGGGUGACGCCUAGCGUGCCCGAACUGACACUAUAUCCCGCAGAUGAGUUUCCAGGUCAGCAGCGGACAACCAACCCAUGGGACGCAUUGCAUGCGCCCGAACCCCCACCUCCGCCACCGCAGCCGUUGCAACACAGGCUUGGCGCCGAGCCCAUCGUUGAUAACAGCCCUCUUACGAUCGAAAAGUCCAAUGUCCUCCUCCUCGGCCCUUCUGGCGUUGGCAAAACGCUCAUGGCCAAGACACUAGCUCGCGUGCUCGAAGUUCCUUUCAGCAUGUCGGAUUGUACACCCUUCACACAAGCCGGUUACAUAGGCGAAGAUGCCGAUGUUUGUGUGCAAAGGCUGCUCGCUGCUGCCAACUAUGACGUCACCGCCGCCGAACGAGGUAUAAUAGUUUUGGAUGAGAUCGAUAAGAUUGCCACGGCACGAGUGAGCCACGGAAAAGAUGUCAGCGGGGAAGGAGUGCAACAAGCUUUACUAAAGAUAAUCGAGGGCACGACGAUACAGGUACAGGCAAAACAGGAGCGUAGCGCCAAUAAAGGACCAGGGUAUAGCUACAAUCCACCAGGAGGUAAUUCAAGUGGAGCAGGUGGCGGCGCAAACAUGGGGCAACCUCCAUCUGCAAAAGGGGAGACGUUCAGUGUUCGUACGGACAACAUCCUUUUCAUUUGUACCGGUGCAUUCAUUGGAUUGCACAAAACGAUCAUGGACCGGAUCUCCAAGGGCAGCAUCGGUUUUGGUGCGCCAGUUCGUGCUUCCAACCCUGAGUCCGGCAGCCAUGAUACCACUAUUAAGGGCGAGGAGGCGCUUUUUAGAAAACACCUACCCUAUUUUCUGCCCGAAACCCCCGCGGACGCGCCGAAAAGCUCUCGUCAAGUGGAGUUCAACAUACUUGAUCUUGUUGAGCCGGCCGAUCUGCAGAAGUACGGUAUGAUACCCGAGCUUGUCGGCCGUAUACCAAUCUCUUCCGCACUUUCCUCACUCGACGAGGAAUCACUUGUGCGCGUGCUCACUGAGCCCCGCAACAGCCUCGUCAAACAAUACGAGCAACUAUUUCUGCUCAGUGGCAUCGAACUAAAGAUUACCUCGGGUGCAUUGCGCGAGAUUGCCAAGGCUGCCGCUGGCAUGGGAACUGGGGCCCGAGGUCUGAAAACCGUCAUGGAAAGGUUGUUGGGAGAAGCCCAGUACGAGACGCCAGGCAGUACCACAAAACACGUGCUUGUAACUAGGGAAGCAGCGCGUAGGAAGGCGCCCUUGACAUACGUUUCCCGCGGACAACAACACAAAUUCCAUGCAAUGAUCGCAAAGGAAGAAGAGGAGUGGGAAGCAGAGAAAGCUCGAAAGGAAAGGAAAGAGGAAGACGUGAGAUCUUUCGAGCAAUACAGACAGAAGGCCCAAGCAGGAUUUGCAUAACAGCAUACGACAAGCGGUCGAGAGAUUCAGGUUUUUUCUAAAUUUUUCCCUUAUAGCGCGAACACUCAGCAGCUCGUGGAGAGCACAUGGUCAUUGUCCAUUUAGCAGUGAUUGUCGUUUUGGAAGGUGGUGGGGUCAUAUGAGCGCAUUUUGAGCAUUUGGAGGAGAAACAUCGCUUGCAUUCAGACUGGGCUGGCUUGCGAUAGCGAGCUACGUGGCGCUGAGUUGUCUGAGCUGGCCGAGAAAGGCUGUUAGCGUGUGCUGUCUGUACUUAAGCCGAUAAGCAAAUUAUUUUCUCACAGCUUACUAAGCCUCU